CUCCCCAGUCUCCCAAGUGGUUCUCGAGCAGUUAACAUGUCCAACUUUGUGUCUAAAUCUAAUUAUCACCAGUACCACCGUUCCAGCAGUCACGGUCACCUUCACAUCCGUCUUCACCAGCGUCGAAACCAUCACGUUGACAAGCACUCCAACCUUCUCGACCACAAUCAUAUCCGCAUUCACCGCAACCGAUGCCCAUCCAAACGACGUUAUACUCCACCCGCCGGAUGGGGAUAUUAAUUACAGUGACCGCGGGCAUAACACCCGCUGUUGCAAGCCCGUCAACUCGUAUCCUGGUCGACACAGCAACGAGGACGAGCACCAUCACCGGCAUUGAGGCUUUUGUUGAUGGGACUAGAGUCCACAACGUGCAAACUCAAGAACCUGUCGUUGUUCUGAUUCCUCUCUCAAACGAGGUCAAAACCGAGAUUGUUAGGGUGCAAAUCAGCAUGGCGUCGGCCUUGGUCGGUGGUCGUGUUAUGUGACGAAUGCAGUCGUCCUCGCCACCCCUACUACCCCUGGAUACCCAGCUCUGGAUGAGAUGACCAUCAUCGUCACCACUCCCACGGGCGCACAAAGCGAAACCAAUUCUCCUGAAGGUUUGAAGCUGGCGACAAAAUGCAGCGUACUCGGAGUGGCAGCGUGACUGGUAGUGUUGGGUGGAAACGGAGAUAAUAACGAGUUACUAG